UAUUUCUCCUACCUCCUUUUCACUGCAAUUAAAAAAUUUAAAAUCUUUUGUGUUUCUCCUUUUAAACUCCCCCUUCUUCUCUCUCUCUCUAUCAGCGCUCAAAGCAGACAUCUCUCUCUAGUGCCUCCUCUUCAUUCAUUCACUUGCACCAAAAGAUGGUUGGGUUCUCGCUUGAUAAUCCAUUAACAGUUCUUGCCACCUUUGCUUUCGCUCUCUUCUCAUGGUUUCUCUUCACAAGGCUUUUCUUCUCUCUCUCGAGAAAAUCUUCAAAUGCCCCCCCAGCUGUUCCUGGGUUGCCUGUUCUUGGGAAUCUGCUUCAAUUGAAGUCCAAGAAACCCCACAUGACAUUUACAAAGUGGGCUGAGGCAUAUGGGCCUGUUUACUCCAUCAAAACAGGGGCCACAACUCUUGUGGUCCUCAACUCCACUGAUGUGGCCAAGGAGGCCUUGGUGGAUCGGUUCUCAUCCAUAUCAACCAGGAAACUCUCAAAGGCGCUCCAGAUACUCACUUGUGAUAAAGCUAUGGUUGCCAUGAGUGACUAUGGAGAAGAACAUAAACUAAUGAAGAGGUGCAUCCUCACCAGUCUUUUGGGCUCAAACGCUCAGAAGCAACAUCGUUUCGACAGAAACACCAUGAUAGAAAAUAUGAUGCAGAGUUUGCACGAUGAGGUCAAAGAUAACCCUACUGGUUCAAUCUGCAUUAGGGAUAUCAUUAAGAAAGAGCUGUUCACAUUUUCUCUAAAGAAGGCUCUUGGUAGAGAUGUAGGCUCUGUUUAUGUGGAGGAAUUAGGAAGAACAGUGUCAAAAUGGGAAAUCUAUGACAUUCUAGUGAUUGAACCGAUGAUGGGGGCCCUUGAAGUGGACUGGAGAGAUUUCUUUCCUUAUCUGAGAUGGAUUCCAAACAGGACCGUUGAAGAACGGAUCCAACGGAUGGACUUUCACAAAACGGCGGUAAUGACAGCAUUGAUUCAAGAGCAGAAGAAACGUUUUGCCAUGGAUGAGGAGAAAGAUUGCUAUUUGAAUUUUUUAUUAUCUGAAGCCAAAACCUUGUCUGAGAAACAAAUAAUUACACUGACUUGGGAAGCAAUCAUAGAGGCCUCUGACACCACCAUGGUUGCAGCCGAAUGGGCCAUGUUCGAACUAGCAAAGAAUCCUAAGCUCCAGAACUGCCUUUAUGAUGAAAUCCACAAAAUUUGCGGAGAGGAUAAACUCAUAGAGGACGUUUUGCAUCGCCUUCCAUACUUGAAUGCUGUUUUCCAUGAGACUUUGAGGAAACAUUCCCCUGUAGCAAUUAUGCCUCCUCGAUAUGUCCAUGAAGAUACCCAAAUUGGAGGCUUCACUAUUCCUGCUGGUUCUGAGAUUGCACUCAAUCUCUAUGGAUGCAACAUGAACAAAAAUGUGUGGGAAAAACCAGAAGAAUGGAGACCUGAAAGAUUCCUUAAUGGAAAGUAUGAGCAGAUGGAUUUGUUCAAGACGAUGGCCUUUGGGGGAGGGAAGAGAGUUUGCGCAGGAGCAUUGCAGGCCAUGACCAUCGUGUGCACUGCAAUUGGUAGAUUUGUUCAGGAGUUUGAAUGGAGGCUGAACGGUGAGGAGGAAGAUACUGAGGAAUUAGUACUGCUCACCACCCACAAACUCAAACCCAUGCAAGCAAGCAUCACACCAAGAUCAAAGAUUCUUCAAACCUAUGGCUAAUGAUGGGAGCUCUUGGUAGGUUUUAAUCUUCUUCCGUUUUCAUCAUCUUGUUGUGUGCUGUGAAUUUUGGCUGUUUUUAUGUAGAAAAAGAUCAUUCUGUCUAUGAAUGUACAUUGAUGUUGGGUUUGCAGUUUUAUAGAAUCAAGGCCAUUCUUAAGGUUUCCAAA